GGCUAUAAUCUUAAACCCCUGAACCCCUAAACUGUAAUGUGGGUAUCCUUUUUAUCCAGGGUUUAAGCUCAAAAUUAUUAGUUUCUCAAAACACAGAUUGAGGAAGUAUGGACGCAGCACAAGAAAAUGGUUCCGAGCAGAAUAAGGAAGAAUCUCGGCAGGUGCAGGUUCGAUUCACAACAAAACUGCCGCCUGAAUUAAAAGUUCCAUCCACAUCCUUCGCUGUUCCUGCCAAUCUUACCAGAUAUGGCCUCUCAGAAGUCAUCAAUACCCUUCUUGGCCAUGAAAAACCUCAGCCAUUUGAUUUUCUUGUUGAAGGGGAAUUGGUUCGAACAUCUCUUGAAAAGCUGCUGCUCAUCAAGGACAUUUCUGCGGAAAAAAUUCUUAAUAUAGAAUAUAUACUAGCAGUGGCUCCUCCUAAUAAGGAAGAGCCCCUUUUACAUAAUGAUUGGGUCAGUGCAGUUGAUGGUUCUUGUUCCAGCUUCAUAUUUAGUGGCUCGUAUGAUAACAUAGGAAGGAUAUGGAAAGCAGAUGGAUCAUGUACGCAUGUUUUGGAGGGACACAGAGAUGCUAUCACUUCUGCUGCUUUUGUGAAAAUGCAAGAUUAUAAUCUGAACUCUCUAAACCUAGCUACUGCCUCAAAGGAUCGGACUCUACGACUCUGGCAGUUCAUCCCCAACGAGCACACAACAGAUGUGAAAAUGGUCAGGCCUUGCAAAUUGUUGAGAGGUCAUACUAACUCUGUUCAGACUGUUUCAGCGAGCCCAAAUGGGAAUUUGAUUUGCUCAGGUUCUUGGGACUGCUCAAUCAAAAUAUGGCAAGUUUCUGGAGAGUUGGAUAUUGAAAGCAAUGGCGGUUUGCUGAAGAAGAGAAAGUUGGAAGAUGCAGCAAUUCCAACAAAGCAGCUUGAUUCUCAGAUUGAAGCAUCAAAGACAUUGGAAGGACAUACACAAUGUGUUUCUUCAGUUGUGUGGUUUGAAAAGGAUACAAUUUAUUCUGCUUCCUGGGACCAUUCAGUUAGGAGCUGGGAUGUUGAAACUGGGGUCAAUGCAAACACUUUGAGUUGUGGCAAAGUGCUUCUUUGCUUAAGUAUUGGUGGGGAAAACUCCGCACUAAUUGCUGCAGCUGGGGCUGAUAGUGUUCUUAGAAUAUGGGAUCCUCGUUUGCCAGGGUCUCUUAAGCCUAUUCUUCAAUUGUCAUCACACAAAUCUUGGAUCUCAGCAUGCAAGUGGCAUGCGGAGUCCAAGCAUCAUUUGAUCUCAGCAUCGUAUGAUGGGACAGUAAAGCUGUGGGAUAUAAGAAGCAAGGUUCCAUUAGCCACGCUAGAAGCACAUACAGAUAAGGUUCUAUGUGCAGACUGGUGGAAAGGAGACCGUAUAGUUAGCGGUGGCGCUGAUUCAAAGUUGCAGAUAUUUUCAAACCUCAACAUUAGAUGAUAUUUUGAGUCUUUUUUCAAUGAGUUAGUCGUUAGCCAUAGGGAGCUUGCAGCUCGAAACGAUAUUUUACAGUUACGAGAAUCAAAAGAAGUUCCAGUGCCACGGUUGGGACUUCAUUUCCUUGUGAUAGGCCUUGGCACAAAAUGAAUUGUUUUUAAGGUUUCUCAGGCUGCCUUUGAUGUUGGCCGUUAUUUUUGGUUAGGAGUGCUUAGGGUUCCAAGCAGGUCCACGUUAAAACAUUUAUUGAGUUACUUAUCAAUUGCUGCUUCAUCAUUUAUGAGUGGCAUCCUAAGGCCACUUUUAGUAUGCGUAUACAGAAUUCUUAUUUGGUCAAAUCCCAUAUUAUAUGUAAUGAUUGAUUGCAAAUGAUUAUAGAAUGGAAGAUAGCAAACAGUGACGUA